AUGUACGCCGCACUUUUUCUCGUUUUUUUCUUGCCACAGGUCAGUCGACUUUCUUCUUUUUCUAACCUUUCUAACCAACUUUCGUUGCAGGUGCAUUCAAUUGAAGGCUUUCGGAAUGCCUACAUACAUUUUGAUCUCAAAGGUGCUGCUCCUAAUUUUUUCUGGCUAAUUUUUCAUUUAGGUGCUCCGCCAAGGCCGCUGUACUUCAAACAGAUGUUAUCAAUGAUUUCUAAUCUUGGCGCCACGGGUGUUUUGAUUGAGUGGGAGGUCAGUAAGUGGGACAUUUCUUUUUUAGUUCAACAGUUUUUUUUGGUGAAAACUCAAGAACCUGAAAGAAGGUUUUUUUUUCAAUAUCAUCUUGCAGCUUGGAGACUUUUUGUAAGUAAGAAAUCUUUCCGGAAAAGUGAAUGAAGUCCCCGGAAGUCCUAACAUGCGCUCAUCAUUAAAAAAACCUCAAAUAAAAAUUAUCAAAGGACGGACAGAAAAACUUUCUGAAAUUAUAAGAUUCUCAUUCACAAAAAAAUUGAAAAAGGUGAGCACGUGGCUCUUAAAAAAAUUAUUUUGGUAUAUUAAAAACAUAUUUUUUUGUCAAAUUUGAGUUUUUACACUGAAAUAUUGAAAAAAAAACCCCUUACACUAACAUUUCAAAAAUAUCAAUUUCAGGAUAUGUUCCCAUAUAAAGGAGAACUAUCUCGUAUACUGAAUGGAAAUGCUUACUCGGAAAGCGAGGUUUACGAUAUCUUACAACAGUAAGACAACAAUCUUUUAAAAAAAUUCAAUGAAUAUUUAAGCGCCCAAUCUCAAGGUCUCGACGUUAUUCCUCUAGUCCAAACUUUGGGCCAUUUGGAAUGGAUUCUGAAAACGGAAGAGUAUGCAGAUCUCCGUGAAGAUGCCGACUUUCCCAUGGUAAGCCAUGCGAGCGGUCAGGAAACUUCCGAACUAUCAAAGUUCAGGUAGCCUGUAUCGGUGAUCAGAGAGCCAGCGAUCUUAUACUAGAGGCUGUCAAUCAGGUGUACUUUUUUCUUGUUUGCCGCCCUAUCAAUGCGUGUUUUCAGAUAACGUACAUGCACGCUCAGUUCUCAACAAAAUACGUUCAUAUCGGGGCAGAUGAAGCUUUUCAGGUGUUUCUUAUACUCGAACAUUCAUCUAAACCCAUGCGAGGGAUUUUAGUCCUUAGAGAGUUUUUGGUCGGAAUUUGAUGACAGAACAUCUUAAUAGCUCAGGAAAAAAAACAGCUGACUAGGGACCGUUUUCAACCACCUGGUUGAACUUUCGAUGAAGUGCACUUUAGGGCCUCGCAAAACCAAAAAAAAAAGAUUCUCACAAUAGAUCUCGUUUUCGAGUUAUGAAGUAUCAAAGUCCGCAAGAUACGCAAAUCAUGACGAAAAUGCGCUAUUUUAAGCUUUUCAAGCGUCCUAACUCGACACGGGAAACGAGAUCUAUGUAGGAAACGUUCCCUAGUGAGUGAGAAUCUUAUAUGUGAUUUAAAAAUCAGAGUCGGACUGAUUACCAGGAAUCGAGCGCAUAAGGAACUCAUAUAAAUUCAUUAUAAAAAGAGAUAGAUAAGAUGUCGAUUCAAGGUUUUUUUUUCCCACCAAGAAGUUUUUUUCUAGCAAUUCACAAGCUUAGCCAUUCCCUCUGCGGCUUUUUAUUCCAAGCCGUACAGAUUAUCAGAAAGUAUUUCCAGAUUGGUACCUGUGAUGCUGACAAACGGAUAGUGCCUGUGAAGUAUGACAACAACACGUUAGGCCUCGUUUUUGACCACCUUCAAAACGUAGCUUACAACAUCACUCGUGGCUACCCAGGUGUAAAGGUAAAAAGUUAAAAAGGAUACUUUUUUCAUUUUUUGCGAAGUUUCAGGUUUUGAUGUGGUUCGAUGAGUUCAAAAGUGCGCCAAUUGAACUCAUAAAACAGUAUAAUUUGCACGAACUGGUGGCGCCGGUUGUCUGGAAAUAUACGGCUAAUUUAGAGAAGGUUUGGUUUCGUGGUGAAAAAAAAGACGUUCUAUUUUUAAUAGUUUUUGAUAAAGUUUUUUUCAACUUUCGUAUGCUUUUUUGAUUUUAUAAACACUUUAGUUGUGUUCAAUAAAAAAAGGGUGGCCAGCCAAUAUUGUAGACAAAAAUCAAAAAUUCAUAAAUUCCAUAAGAGCAUAAUGAAUGGCUCAAAAUUUGCGGUUUGAACCUUUUUAGAAUGUUAUUGAUGGAGCUUUAUUUUAAUAAAAAAAUUAUGGCGCAAACCGUUUCGGGUCGGGCUAUCAAUUUUCAAUUUCCAAAUUUCAAUAAUUGACUUCAAAAUUUUAAGUUCAAGGGAUUUUGUUAUUAUUUCGAAAUCCUCUUGAAGCAUUGAAGUUUAUAGGAUUUGCCAACUGAAAUGUGGAAAAAUCUUUCCUAUUCAUUCCGUGAAGUUUGGGGCGCGAGUGCUUUCAAAGGUAGUUUUCCUUCAUAAAUCUCGAAAAAUUGGAUGGUUUCAGGAGCGGACGGGGCAAACCGAUAUUGGAACAGGAUGAAGCCGUACAUUGUGAACAACAAAGAAUGGUUCAUUCAAAAAGAAACGCACUCCUACUUGUUCGAAGAGUUCAACUCCGUUCUCAUAACAGGUUGGCAAAGGUAAUAGACUUAUGAAGUCGUAAUAAAAAAAAGAAAGGCGAAUUCAGAUAUGAUCACUUUGCGUCUCUGGCUGAGCUCUUCCCAACGUCCAUCACAAGCCUCGCUCUCAACCUUGUUGUGGCUCACAGAUUCCAUGUUUCUGGUACAUCACUACUCAAUUUACUGUUUCAAGGUGUUCAUUUCAGAGGAAGACGCAGAAGAAAUCGGUAGAAUUCUGAACUGCCCUCUCAGCACAACUUUGGACGAUUUUCUGAAUGGAAACGAUAAAUGUCGGUUUCCAGGUUUGUAAAAUUAGUCAAACUUCUAAAAAUUCAGUUUUUUCAGGAUAUCAAGUUCGGGACGCGAUUCGAAGCUUCGUCCAACUGAAAGCUUUCUUUGACAAUUCCACAUGGGUUCAUAACAGGUAUAAUUUUCUUCAAUUAUUCGAAAACUGUUGAUUUGAGGGAAAAUGGUUGGCUGCAGCCGUCUCAAAUGUUUUUGAGCGCCAGCAAUCCGUAUUACGUGGAUGCUGUGAAGCAUUCCUAUGUCAGAACGUUGAAAAAACUGGACAUCAUCAUUCAGAAUCUGAGGUGAGGGGAUUCGAAAUUUGUAAAACCGCAAAAUUUGAGAGCCAUUAUGUUUAGUAACAAGAUUUCAACAUUUUGCAAACCUCCUAAAACGCAACUUAAAGAAUUUUCAUGACGUUUCGAGCUGCGAUAUUUGAUUGAAUCUCUAACUUUGUUGUUUUCAAGAACUUCGAUGAACAUCAUAUUUUACCCUGACGUCGUUGAAGAGUUCAUCACGGAUUAUGUCCAGCCUUUCUAUGAUGAUCUCCAAAGAAGGUUCGAAUCAAGACUAUUCUCAACUUAUCCCUUUUUUGCAGAGCUGCCAGCGUCCGACUCAUAGACUCCCGAAGAUCAUACAGGCCUAGACCUUGGUUUGCUGUUUCAAGUUCCUAA